AUGGAGCCUUCCAUGUCAACUCAAGAGCGCCAGCUCUGUGAGUUUCUUAGAGACCUGCCUGCGAGAUGGAACUACCAGUAUGACGAAAAUGCGCAUCAUGACCUCCUCGACAGCCUCUUUUGGUCAUUAGCAGGCGGCGAACGUUACAUGCCUCUCUUCUUCCCAUCCGGCCGCCCUUCCCACAACCACAAGCUCCACGAUGCCCAAGGCGCAGUCGAGGGCGCCGAGUACACCGAGGCCGCCCGAGGCAAACGCUGCGGCCACAUCUUCAAACCUGGAGAGGCUUCUUACUCCUGCAGGACUUGCAGUACGGAUGAUACCUGCGUUUUAUGCAGCAGAUGCUUCGACUCGACCGAUCACGCCGGCCACAUGGUCCGCAUAAGCAUCUCUGUUGGGAACAGCGGUUGCUGUGACUGUGGCGACGAUGAGGCAUGGAAGGUCCCCAUGUUCUGCACGAUCCACUCCGAAACGAGCCCAGACAAGUCGGAGGGUAAGGGAAAGGAAGCGGCCGGUCUACCAGAGGAUCUGGUGCAAAACAUGCAGAUGACGAUCGGCCGGGUUUUUGAUUACAUUUGCGACGUUAUAUCGUGCUCUCCGGAACAGCUCCGACAGGCCAAGACCUUGGACUCUAUCCAAGCUGACGAGGAGCUCUCGCGUCUGUCUCCCGACACAUACGGGGAAGGCGCUUCUGGUCAUUCUGAAUAUGCGCUGGUGCUCUGGAAUGACGAGAAGCAUACAGUGGAGGAUGUCCAGAACCAGAUUGCGCGGGCUUGCAGAACUACAGAAGCCCAGGCCUUGGAACGUGCUACUGAGACGGAUCUUAUCGGCCGAAGUAUCCUCAAACGCCUUGACGACCUUGAUACUCUUCUUGAGAUGGCGACGAAGCUGGAGCACAUCAAGGUCACCGUCACUAUUCGAUCAUCACGGGACACGUUCCGCGAGCAGAUGUGUGGAGCCAUGAUUGAAUGGCUCAGUGACAUAUCUGGAUGCAGUGUCGGAACAGACCAUGCCAUUCUACGUCACACAGUCUGCCAGGAAAUGAUGAAACCCUGGAGGAAGGGUAGCCCAGGUACUCACGCCAUAGUAGGAAAGGACGGCAUAUAUGACGAGGAACGAUUUCUCAGGAAUCUUGAACAAUCUCAGUCUUUUACUCAGCAUGUCCUUCUGCAAAUGCAACGUAUUGCGGCCCAACAGGCAGCUCGUGCGUUUGAUGUUAGUGACGAUGAAGACAUCGACAUGGGCAGAGGCAAUGGUACGCCGGACAGCGAUGCGGGAGAUGACGAUGACGAUGAUGACUUAGAUGACGAUGACAUCAUGAUGGUUGAUGUCCGAGCUGAAGCCCCUGGUGAUAUCGGCCUCGAGUGGCGCGGAAACGAUCAGGCUUUGGAGGAGGACGAGGCCACUAUGGCCGGCUACCCGCCACCUCCGCCUCCCCCGGCACGGCGAAGUGCACGAGACCGCGAUUUGACACCGUCAGACUCGGACACGGCGGAACCUCUGAUAGCGCCAGCUAUCUACGCCAAGGCCAAUCUGGAAAUCCCCAAAACGCCUGGCCAAGGGGACAAGACCCCAUCACCGAAGCCAGGUAGAUACUGGCUUGAGACGCCGCCAGGAUACAUGAAUCGGGAGAACGUACCACCGGCAGAAGAUGUCUUUCAACGCGUCCGUCUCGAUUGGCUCAUUCUGUUCGACCUUCGCAUGUGGAAGAAGGUCAGAAACGAUUUGCGGUCUCUAUAUAUCUCCACAGUUGUUUCCAUACCAGAGUUCAAACGUAUACUCGGUCUUCGAUUCGCUGGACUUUAUACGACACUAGCACAGCUUUACUUGAUUGGAGAUCGAGAGCCCGACCACUCCAUCAUUAACUUGUCGCUACAGAUGCUCACUACACCAUCUAUCACCGCAGAGAUUGUGGAGCGUGGCAACUUCAUGACAAGCUUGCUGGCCAUCUUCUACACGUUCCUCACUACUAGGCAGGUGGGGUACCCUUGGGAUGUCUCAUCCAAUGCUGUUUUGGCAUUUGAUUCUGGCUCAGUGACGAACCGACGCAUGUAUCAUUUCUAUUUGGAUUUGAAAUAUCUAUUCGGUUCGCCCCAUGUCCAAGAGAAACUCAGAAGUGAAGAACGUUAUCUUUUGCAGUUCCUAGAUCUUGUCAAGUUGCACCAGGGCAUAGGACCAAACGUUCGUGCUGUUGGGGAACACGUUGAGUAUGAGACUGACAGCUGGAUCACCGCUUCCCUUGUGACAAGGGAGAUUAACAGACUAGCUCGGCAACUUGCGGACGCAUUCAGAAACGUUCCUGAAAAUGAAGCCCAUUUCGUUGCCCAAGCUAUCAGAAUGACGGCCAAGGCUGUGAUAUUGCACUCCGUUGGCGCAGAACGUCACAGAUUCAAACAAGCAGAAAUCAAAGAGGAGGUUAAGUUUAAGACCCUGGGCGAUUUUGAGUUUGAUAACGAAUCAUCUCGAUACGAUGUUGUCAAGUUCACGGUGGAAGAAGAUCCAAUCAGCUUUCACCACGCGCUGCACUACACGCUCUCAUGGCUCGUCGAGUGUGGAAAGUCUUUGCCAGCUGCCAGUAUGAAAGCGCUCCUCAGCUUCACUACCCAAGAUUUGAGGCUCCCACCACGCACAAUGGGUCGUAAGCUCAUGCCGAAACGGGAAAAUUCCCCUGAAGACAACCUCAUGGCUGCUUUCGAUUAUCCUCUUCGGGUUUGUGCUUGGCUAGCCCAGAUCAAAGCGAACAUGUGGGUUCGCAACGGUAUCAGCUUGCGCCAUCAAGCGGCAACAUACCGCGGAGUUAGCCAAAGAGACGUGUCUCACCACCGGGACAUCUUUCUCCUUCAAACCGCCAUGGUUGUUGUUGACCCUAGUCGCGUUCUUGCAUCUAUAGUUGACCGAUUUGGCAUGGAAAAAUGGGUAAAGGGAUUCUUCGAACAGAAGUCGGCAGCGCAGGACGAUGCACAGCAUCUCGAUGUGGUUGAAGACAUGAUCCACUUACUGAUCGUGCUUUUGAGUGAUCGUACAUCACUGAUUGCUCCUGAGGAUGAGCCCAACGCCAACAUCCUUGCUAUUCGUCGGGACCUCACCCACAUCCUGUGCUUCAAGCCACUCUCGUUCAAUGAGAUUAGCAACAAGCUGCCGGAGAAGUGGCAGGAACAAGAAGAUUUCCACAGCGUUCUGGAUGAAAUGGCGUCAUUCAAACCUCCCGAGGGCGUCUCCGAUGUGGGUACUUUUGAGUUGAAGCCUGAAUUCGUUGAGCAUAUCGACCCUUACAUUGCCCAUUACAACAAGAACCAAAGAGAAGAGUCUGAGUUGGCCUAUCGAAAGAAGAUGGCCAUCAAGACUGGCAAGCCCGUGGAGGAAAUUGUCUACGAGCCUAAGCUUCGGCCCAUACCUUCGGGGCUGUUCAAAGAUCUAGCUGCUUUCACUAGCACAGGCAUGUUCGCACAGAUUAUCUACUACUCCUUGCUGUAUCCGCUUGUGGCCGCCAAGCUUACACCUAGCGUGCCUUCUACUCGGAUUGAGACCUUCCUUCAGGUUGUCCUUCACCUAAUACUCAUUGCUAUUUCGGAAGACAAGGAGGAUGAGAGCGCCAUGACGGAGGAAUCACUCAACUCGUUUGUCUUUGUUUCUUUGACGCGAACAGGCCGAAGCAAUUUCAUGCCAGAAACACCCAACGCGAAGACGAUUGUCGCCUUGCUUGACAUGAUGUCAACCAAGGAGGAGUUCAAGGCAUGCCACCCCAAGAUUGCCCUUAUUCUCAAGAGAAUGCGCCAGAAACGGCCACGUAACUUUGAGAGUGCCUACAUGAGGCUGGGUGUCUCGGUUGACCGCAUCGACACUGCCUCACCAGCAACCAAUUCUGCGGAGGAAGAGCGCGAGCGAAAGAAAAAAGCUGCUUUGAGCCGUCAAGCUAAGGUCAUGGCGCAAUUCCAGCAGCAACAAAAGAGCUUCCUAGAAAAUCAAGGCAAUAUUGACUGGGGCUCCGACCUUGAAGAUGAGGAGGAAGCCGAACAAAAUGUCGACCGCAAGAACAACUGGAAGUACCCCACAGGCACUUGCAUCUUGUGUCAGGAGGACACAGACGAUAGACGCCUCUACGGAACUUUUGCUCUCUUCAACGAGAGCCUUAUCCUCAGACAGACAGAUUUGCAGGAUCCUGAUUUCGUCCGAGAAGCUUUCCACACCCCCUCAAACCUUGAUCGAUCCGCGGAAGACAUACGACCUUUUGGAGUAGCCCACGAAAACCGAGAGGAAGUUGUCAAGGUUAAUGCCAAGGGUGAGAAGUUUGCUGCGGAGCGGCAGACGAUAGGCAAGGGAUUCCCUUCCAAUCUGUCGCGCCCCGGACCCGUCUCUACCGGCUGUGGUCAUAUGAUGCAUUACAGCUGCUUCGAAAUGUACUUUGACGCAACUAGUCGCCGGCAUCACCACCAAAUCGCAAGACAUCAUCCCGAGAACUUGCGGAGGCAGGAAUUUGUUUGCCCGUUGUGCAAGGCCUUAGGUAAUGCUUUCUUACCCAUCAUUUGGAAGGGACAAGAGGAGUCAUUCCCAGGCCCAUUACAGACACAACACAUCUUCGCAGACUUCCUCGACACUCAGCUAAAGUCAGGCUACUACAUCCUUGGCGCGAAUCGGCCCCCGGAUCAGGUGCAAACUUCGUUUGCCAACUAUACUGCCGGACAUAUCACUGGAUCCUUGGCAGAAAAGGCAUCCCAGCUGAUUGACGAAGCCUGGACGGCCGAUGAGUCGGGUCCUGACUCUGUUGUUGUCAACACACCCCUGACAUCUGUAUUUCCGACGGCCACAACACCAGUUUCUAACCGCCGAUCAGUGCCCAGCAACAGCUCGACGAUCGUGGGUGAACUGGCUAAGGUAUACCGUCGUCUUCGUGACACGAUGUCGUCUAACGGGUUUGAGAGUCGCCACAAGUACAUUCCACUAGAACUUCGAGAAAAGAACGAACUUGUCUAUAGCGAUGUGCUGGCUAAGCUGGUUGGCUAUUCGAUUUCUGCCGUAGAAAUUCAGCAGCGGGGUGUUGAAGCACAAUAUGGCUUAACCUUGCUUGAGAAGAUUCCCGAGCAGAGUCUGACACAUCUACGCAUACUAGCUGAAACAGCAACCUCUUACAUUGCUGUUGGCGGGCUGAAGGCUGGUGGCGAUAACCUUGUAGACGAAGAAUUCCGCAAAGACAGCGAACGUCAGCACUGCCAGCUGUUUGUUUCUCAAUACUUUGGGCAAGAAACCGAGCACGUUCGACGGCCGAUUGACACUUACCCGCCGUUGCUGGGUCAGGAUCCUUUUAUAUUUUUCUCUGAGUGCGUUUUUGGCCUGGUCCCUGCUCAGAACUUUGAGAUCACGCAUAUUUUGAGGCUUUGCUAUCUCGCAGAGAUUGUCAAGGUUGUCUACCACAUGGGAAGGAACAUUCCAGUAUCUGUAUGGGUGAACCAUAUUCUCAACAAGGAGACGCAAGAUCCAGCUCUGAAAAACUUUGCCGACUUUUGCCUCACGGUCACCAAGGCCGGCAUGGAAAUCAAUGUGUCUCAUCACGAAAUGCCAGCAGAUUUGGGCCAGAACCGCGGAUUCAGCCAGCCGGAGCUGGAUAAUUUGGAGGGCUACUACACUUUUGUCAAGAAAUAUGCCCUAACCUUCCUCAGAAAGGCUAUUGUUCUUCUUUACGUCAAAUUCGGCAUUGAUUUUAAUAGUCACAACUCCCCACAACCUGACGCAGACGAGCUGGAUCGUCUCACUGAAGCGCUUCGGGUCCCGUCAUUCGACGAGAUGUGCGCAGCUAUUACGGAUCACGGACCAUCUUGUGGUUGGCCAGCCUCAACAGCAAGCCUAGUCAACGGUUGGAUUCGGCAUCAGAUCAUGUGGCCUGGGGAUAUUGAAGGCAAACUCCCAAACUCCGCACUUAUCAGUCAUCCAGGCAUAUUUGAACUGGUGGGGCUCCCCAAGAAUUACGACGCGCUGAUUGAAGAGGCAACCAGACGCAAAUGUCCUACCACAGGCAAAGACGUCUCUGACCCAAUGAUCUGCCUGCUCUGCGGCGAAGUGUUCUGUGGCCAAGCUGUCUGUUGCUUAAAGGAAGAGACAUCAGCCGGAGAUCGCGAGCCUCAGAGGAUUGGUGGCUCGCAGCAGCAUAUGCGAAAGUGCCAGAAAAACAUAGGGUUGUUCCUCAACAUUCGCAAGUGCUGCAUAUUCUACCUAUUCCGGUUAUCAGGCUCGUUUAGCAGUGCCCCGUACAUUGAUAAGUACGGCGAAACAGACCUGGGCCUGCGUCAUGGUCGUCAACUCUACCUGAACCAGAAGCGCUAUGACUCCAUGCUCAGGAACACGUUCCUCAGCCACGGCAUUCCUAGCUUCAUUAGCCGUAAGCUAGAGGCGGAGAUCAACAAUGGAGGGUGGGAGACGAUUUAA